CAAAUUAAAGCGCUAUAGAGAGCUUUUGGGUCAUCCAAGUUCUGUCGUGUUAUUGUUGUUUGUUCUCGAUUAUAGUAAGUUUACAAACAACACCAGUAAACCCCAUGGAAGGAUGCGGUUACACCAUAAAAGCAAACACAAUAUCGCCAGCAUCUGUAGUGCUGGUGGGAAGUUAUUGGGAUUAUUACUGCCCAGGAUUAAGCUUUCCAUGCUCUGGACCCCUCAAACAUGAAGAAAUGUCUUGAAUUCAUCUUGCUGCUCAUCAUCUCGACCCUUCAAGGCUCACUGCAGCAGAGAAUCAUUGGAGGACAGGAGGUUAAGCCAUAUUCUAUCCCAUACCAGGCCUCUGUUCAGUACAACAACUAUCAUUACUGCGGCGGUACCCUCAUACACCCACAGUGGGUGGUUACCGCUGCCCACUGCUGGAGGCCGAGUUAUUUAAUAAGAGUGGUUCUGAGCGAGCAUGACUUCUCUAAAAAAGAGGGCUAUGAGCAGGUGUUCAACGUGUCGAGAGUGCUGGUCAAUUACAUGUACAAUUACAGGACAUUUGACAAUGACAUCAUGCUUUUGAAAUUGGAGCGUCCAGCAGAGCUCAAUGCCAACGUUCAGCCAGCUACAUUGCCAGUCUCAGGUAGCCCUCCAUUACUACCGGCCACAACAUGCACGGUGAGCGGCUGGGGCGUCACUCAGGUGUACAGUUAUUACCUGUCUCCCGUCCUCCGUGCUGUGGACGUCCUCAUCAUCCCUCAGUGUCAAUACUACUACUACUACAGAAUCACAGACAACAUGGUGUGCGCUGGAUCUCCGCUGGGCGGCAAAGACUCCUGCCAGGGUGACUCUGGUGGACCUCUCAUCUGUAAUGGUUUGUUUGAGGGCAUCGUGUCCUGGGGCAUCAGUUGUGCCAACCGGUACUUCCCCGGAGUCUACACUAAAGUCCGCAACAACGUCUCCUGGAUCAACUGGAUAAUUGAAAACGACAACUUUGGUGCUAACUGGGAUGUGUAUUUGUCCAAACCUGAUGGCUCCUAUGUGGAGAUGAGAGUUGGGGACCUGCUGCCUGCAUCUUUUGGCCCAGAGGACUUAAAAAACUUUGGAAACCUGAGGAACAGUGUUGAUGUGCAGGAUGUGAAGGACUUUGCUUCAUAUAGCCCAGCCAACAUUCAGUCCUGCAUUACACUUUUGAGCCAUGGCAAUGCUGCUCUUCUUAGUGCUGCUGAAACUCUUCCCAGCGGAUGUCUGAUCUAUUUAAAAUCUUUUUUCCCUCCAGGUCUGGACUUCAUUCAGGGUCGCAUUGUUGGAGGAUACACCCCAUCGCCGAAUUCAAUCAAGUACAUCGUAUCAUUACAAAGCUCAAAAGGCCAACACUUCUGCGGUGGAUCUCUGGUCCAUAAAUACUGGGUGCUCACCGCUGCUCAUUGCAAUAUUGGUAUGAAUGAGAUGAUGGUGGUGGCUGGAGACUUUACUCUGGGUGGUUACGAGGGAACCGAGCAGUUUUCCAAACCUCAGUCCCUGAUCCCACACCCGAUGUACAACAAGAGCUCUAACAAUGCAGAUAUCAUGCUCAUAAAGCUUAGUUCACCCAUAGAGCUGAACCGGUACGUGUCCCUCGCUCCACUCCCCAAACAGAACACAGGCCCACUGGCGGGCAGGAUGUGCCGGGUGUCUGGGUGGGGCUCCACCAGUCACAGCGGAGGUCAGAUCCCCCUCACUCUCCUCACCGUCAGACUCCCCAUCGUCUCCACUGCAAAGUGUAACAGCAGUGAGUCUUUCAAUGGAAACAUCACAGUCAAUAUGAUCUGUGCAGGGACGAGCGCAGGGGGAAAAGAUGCGUGCAAGGGGGACUCUGGUGGCCCUUUGGUGUGUGAUGGACGGGUCUAUGGAUUGGUCUCCUGGGGGAAUGGCUGUGGAGAUCCCAGAUUUCCAGGAGUGUAUACAGCUGUGUCCAGGUUCCGCAGAUGGAUUGAUCAGACCAUAUACAGCCCGUUGUCACGAUGCAUUAGGUCAAAGUUCACUGUACCUAUAUAGAGGACAGGUCACAUUAAAACCGCUCCCUCUCUCCUAUAUUGAACUAGUACUAAUUUUGUAGUGGUUUCCGAAACCUGAAGGAACAACUUAGUUCUCUACAUUAAUUCACUGUUUUUACCCACGAUGCACUUUGAUUUUGAGAGCACACUUGCUUUCUUACUAUUUUCCUUGAUAUUGACCGUUUGAUCGGACGCGCGCGCCUGACCCCCAGUUAACUUCCGGUUUGUGUU